ACAUUUUUUGCUUUCUAGAACUAAUAUGCAUGAACGGCUGAACAGGACAGAGAGGCAGUUUAGAUCUCUCCCAGCUAACCAACAGAGUCUUCUCCCUCAAUUCCUUCCUCACCUUGACAAGAUUCGGAAGUGCAUUGAUCAUAAUCAACAGAUACUACAGACCAUUGUGAAUGACUGCGUUCAUAUGUUUGAAAAUAAAGAAUAUGGAGAAGAUGGAAGAGGGAAGAUUACACCAGCUUCAACGUUUGACAUGGAUAAAUUAAAAUCUACUUUGAAACAGUUUGUAAGAGACUGGAGUGAAGAGGGGAAACCUGAAAGAGAUUCCUGCUACCAGCCAAUCAUUAGUGAAAUUGUAAAGAACUUUCCAAAAGAGAGAUGGGAUUUCUCCAAAGUUAAUAUCCUGGUACCUGGUGCUGGGCUAGGUAGAUUGGCGUGGGAAAUAGCUAUGCUCGGUUAUGCUUGCCAAGGAAAUGAAUGGAGCCUCUUUAUGCUCUUUUCUUCUAACUUUGUACUCAACAGAUGUUCUGAAGUUAACUCAUGUAAACUUUAUCCCUGGAUUCAUCAGUUUAGCAAUAACAGAAGAUCUGCUGAUCAGAUACGACCAAUUUAUUUCCCUGAUGUUGACCCUCACAGUCUUCCCUCUGGUGCAAACUUCUCUAUGACAGCAGGGGAUUUUCAAGAAAUUUACUCUGAGUGCAAUACAUGGGACUGCAUAGCCACCUGCUUCUUCAUAGAUACAGCACAUAACGUUAUUGAUUAUAUUGAUACAAUAUGGAAAAUACUAAAGCCUGGAGGAAUAUGGAUAAAUGUAGGUCCUCUCCUUUACCACUUUGAAAACUUGGCAAACGAACUUUCUAUAGAGUUAAGCUAUGAGGAUAUAAAAAAUGUUAUACUGCAGUAUGGAUUCCAUAUCGAGGUGGAGAAAGAAUCUGUAUUAUCAACAUACACUGUGAAUGAACUCUCCAUGAUGAAAUACUACUAUGAAUGUGUGUUGUUUGUCGUGAGAAAACCAGAAUAGAAGCGGUUUGAAUAGGUUAAUUGGAAAAAAAAUGUUGGCUCAAAUGCUAAAAUUGAAAACAAAACUGACUGGGUGAUGUCUGGACACAACCUCAAAUCAGUGGUGCCUUCUUAUUCCUAAUUAGGAUUUAGAUAGUGUCUAUUUUCUUAAUAUCUCUAUUGCUAUCCAGACAUGUACUAUGCCAUGCAUAUUUGUACUGUGCUAAUGAAAAUGGAGGGGGAAAUGUUCACAUACACUGUCUUUGUGCUUUGGAAUGCGUUUAAAAAAAAAGUUCUUGAGUGUAAAAUUUUAUGUUUGCCCUAACCAUGCUAAUUGUCAACAUACGCUGCCUCAGUUUUCAUAAAUUUAUAAUAUUUUUUUUCUAUUUUGUGAUGUUAGGAAUGCAUAGAGAUGCUUACUGUACUAGCUGUGUCACAGUUUAAAGAAGUAUUUCUAGGUAUACACCUGAAAUAAAUUACGAAAUCUGAAAAGGUUGACAAGCAGUAAAAUGUUUCUUGGAAGAUAUAGCCAUCAGAACUGUUAGACCGCAUUUUCUGUGGAACUGGAAAUAGGAAUAAAGUAGAUUAUUGUGCAAGAGCUAAUCUUCCAAUCUGACUGUUAACUGUAAUUAAAACACAAAAUCUGUAGGCAAUUUGAAAUACUAUGUGAAAGCAGACUACUAAGUGAAGAACGCGUCAUAGAGAAGCAGUAAACUAACCUCAGUUCCGGAUUAACACCAAUUGUGAUUAAUCUGUUGGUGUUGAAACUGAAAUACUCAAGGCUUUGCAGACUUAAAAUAUAUUGGUUUUGAAUCACCUGCCUACCGCUUAAGUCAAAGAUGUGGAAACAAUAUAUUUUGUUAAAGAAAGUCCUGUUAUACUUUGAGUUCUUUUCUUUUUCAAAAUUUAAUAGCAUAACUGAAUUAUCCAUGGCAUGAACAGGUCAUGGGCGAAAAGAAAUCCCUUUUUCUCUUCCUCCACCCCCCCCCCCACAUCAACAAAAAAAAAAAAAAAAGUUACAUAUAAACAAGAUGUACUGUAACCAAAAUGCCUCCUCCUCUGAGUCAGCAUAUGCAGGCCAGUUGGUAGAUAAUCUGGUUGUAACUUCAAGGCAGUUUGCCCACGCUACUGUAAAAUCUACCUCUUGACUCCUUACCUUAUCUUUUUCCUGGCAAAUAAGGCUUAUGUGAAUAUUUCAUCUACAAAACCUGUCACUAUACAAGAGAGACCGAGGCUUCUGUCACUUAGAAGUUGCAUAAAUGGGAAAACAUUAGUUAACAAUUACUGUGCUGAGAGGCGGUGUCAUGUUAGCCAUUUGUUUUUUGUUUAUAUUAAUGUGCUGGUUAACUUAGGUACCUCUUUCAUCCUUUUUUCAAACAACCUCACUUUUUUUUUUCAAUUACUUAUAGUCCCUUUUUCAUGGGGAUGGCCUAAUCACAUCUUUUUAAUAGGGGCUGUAUCCCUUACAAGAUUUUGGAUUUUCUUCUGUUAAGGAAGGAGAAUUGUGCCUAUUUUUUUUUGUUUUUUAAUUGAAAGUUUGCAUGGAGGGAAAAACAUGUCUUUACUUUUGUUAUAGUCUCAACACUGCGUAAGGGAGAGAGCCUGUGGAUGUUUCAGUACUGUGCUCUUUUCUGCUCAGAAUCCUAAUCAAAGAUAAAGGCUUCUGGAUCACAGACAUUUUCAUUAGAGCUUUACUUAAAAUAGCCUUCUUUGAACUGUCUCGUCUUCCUAAAGAUGCACCAUCAAGUUUUAGCUCCUUCAAUGAACACUCAAAGUCUAACCCUGCUCCAGGAAAGACCUCUUUAAAGCUGAAACACUGCCAUUGUAAUACAUACAAAAGUAAGCCCCUGCACACCUCAGAAAAGUCUUCUGUUGCUUUGAUUUUCCUUAUUGUACUACUUGCUCCAGUUUUUUUCUAUGAAAUCUGUGAUUCUUUGCUUUCAUACUGAUUUUUUUCUUAGCUAAAAAGUGAUCAGCAUUUUAUUCAGUGUUCAUUUUAUUCAAUUUCUCCUUGAAAUAAGACAAGGUUAAGUAAAUGUUAAUUAUGCAGUUGCUGAGUAUUUACAUCUGUAAUAUUGCCCAAUUUCUGCCUCUUUUAACCAGUCUGUAGUUGCUCUUGAAAUAUGGUGUUACUGUUUUUACAAAUAGACCAUUGAACCUUUUGCAUUGACUGAACCUCAGUAUCUUUUGUUCUCUUGGUUUUUUGUUCUUCACUACUACACAUUGUUGAAAGUGCCAUUUUUUUUGCUUUGCUUUUGGAAAAUACAUGUUUUUACUGACUUAUGUCAGGUAUAUAGUGAUGUGCUUCUGUUUUUCAUUUAGAAAAUGCCUAUUUUCCCUGAGGCUUUCCUUUUGAAGUGUAACAGUUGCGCUAAGAGUUGGAAGCAGAAUAAUCUUGUGAAUGAUUUGUAUGAGUUGUGUUUUACCUGCAGUCUUAUUUAUGAGUUCUUAAAAUUCAUCGUUUGUAUUUUAAUGGACAGGGAUAAAUGUGUAUUAUUCAGUGAUUGCAUUCUUCUCUUAAUUGUAUACACAGAGAAAAAAAUGCAUAACUUGUCUAUCAGCUGAAGCCAAGACAAUUUAGGUCACUAUUAAACUGUAUGUGGUAUUGAGUGUAAAAUACAAAAUGCUGCAUAAUCUGCAGUGUAAUACUUCUUUAUAUGGAGUAAGUUUGACAAAUGUAAAGUGUCCUGUAUUUUUAUUUAUAUGUACUACAUUCUAAAAUCAGUUACGAAGAUAAGAAUUGGGAGUUCCAUGUCUUGCUGUGAACUUUCCUCUAUUUUUAAUGUGCAUAAUGGACUUGAUUUUUCUUGGAUAUUAAAGUUUGCAGUAUGACUUGA